AUGUUGGUGAUCAAGAUCUCAAUAGGGCUAACGGAACAAUAUGACAGUAUUUCCACGGUGUUACAAAAUCGCGACCUGCUUCCAGAUUUUAAUGAGGUGCGUCCGCGCCUUACAUUGGAAGAAGAUAAAAAGAAGCGUCAAACCGCCCACGCCGCUCAACAGUCUACAACUGCCCUCACCGCCUCCGUUUCAUCACCGUCACAGAUUUCGUCUCAAACGCCCAAUUACUACAGUGCUUCUGAUCGUGGCCGUCGUCGCUCACGCGGACGCGGUCGUGGUGGUGGCCGCAACUACAACAACCGCAACUACAAUAACCGUGGCCCACAAUCGAACACCCUAACUCACCCAUACAUUGUGUUCCCAAGUAACUGGACAGCAAACCAAUGGGCCUCGUUUCUAAAUGGAUCCUCUGCUCCUGGUCAAGCUCCAUCAGCCCAUAACUCACCACCUUAUCCAUACCCCUCCAAACCGAACACCACCAACCAGAAUUCACAAGGGAUACUCGGCCCUCGACCCGAUCAAAACACUUCCAACACCUACACUCCUACGGAUAUUGAGCAGGCAGUGUACACCAUGGCUUUAAACCAACCAGAUCACGGGUUCAUGGACACUGGAGCAACCUCCCACUCGGCAAACGAACAAGGUAUCUACUCUCCGUCUAAUUUUAAUAAGUGCACUGACAAAAAUAUUAUUGUUGGUAAUGGCAUGGAAAUUCCGGUUUUGGCACAAGGCAAUCAAACUUUACCACAACCCUUUCCACCUUUAAAAUUAAACAAUGUCCUUUUUGCCCCCCAACAUCAUUAA